AUGUCGGUCCCUGGCGCAUCACCUUCCUGGGAUCUGACCCCAGCCAUCAGCCUGUUACACUCAUUUAGCUUGGAAGGCUAUCACCAUGAACGCCCCUCGAGCCCAGACCAGACCGCGAAAGGGCCUGUUGAUCGGAGCACGUUGGCCCCAGCCGAUGUGGCAGCAGUCGAGGGCGACGGACACCAUAAGCUAGGAGACUUUGACGCCCUGUUCACAUUCCUAUCCCAAGCUUCGCCACCCAAGCUUGGUGCUGGCUCUGGCACAGAUCACGGAAGGGCGUCGGGCCAGAUUGCGGGCAAGCAGAGCGUGCUGGAGAGCGCCACCGUGCUGGAGCAUCAACUGGAACUGGCGGAGCCUCAUAUCAGAAAGAUACUACUCAAGCGUGAUGUCACCAAGAAGGUCAAGCCCCACCACUCUGCUUCGGCGACAGCCGGCGAGGGGCACAGUGCCACCGUCUUGCUGCAGCCGAAGACCAUCCUUCGCAGACCUACUACCGCUCCUCCUGUCAAUGUGCCCGCAAUUGCUCCUACCCCCAGUGGGAAGAGAAUCGUUGGGUCAACGAUUCACGUCGAGGCACUUUUGACCGGAUCUAUGUUAGAGAGACAGCAUGUUCUUGUCUCGUUGCUUACUGAAAAACACGCCAAGAGUAGGAACUACCUACAUCAUGGCAAUCUACGUGAAUACCUGUGUUACCCGUUGAAGACAGCGGCAGCGGGUAUUCACGUAUUUGUCGACAUGUCAAAUAUCAUGAUCGGAUUCCACGACUGCAUCAAGAAGUCAAGGGACAUACCUGUGACUACGCGGGUCCGUCGACUGCCUCUGUCCUUCCAAAAUUUCUCUCUUGUUCUAGAGCGAGCCCGCCCGGUAAGCAAGAGGGUUCUUGUCGGCUCGGACCGAUUUCCCGCCAUCGACGAAGCAGAAGAGCUUGGUUACGAGGCGAACAUUUUAGAAAGAGUCCACAAGGCCAGGCCGUCAUCCCCGCGCAAGAAGACGAAACUCUUCAGCGGCGGCGGGCGCGGCAAUAAUGGAGGUAGCGGUGUUGGCAACGCUCUCCACGACCAGUCGAGCAGCUCUGAGACGAAUGCCCGACAGCCCGCCGAGAGAUGGGUGGAGCAAGCCGUAGACGAGAUUCUACAUUUGAAGAUCCUGGAGAGCAUUGUCGACACCGAUACCCCUUCGACCAUCGUCUUGGCGACCGGCGAUGCCGCCCAGGCCGAGUAUUCAGACGGAUUCUUGAAGAUGGUCGAGCGUGCGCUGGGCAAGGGAUGGUCCGUUGAGCUGGUUAGUUUCAGCUCGAUCACCAGCCGUGCUUACACACGGAAAUCCUUCCGGGACAAAUGGGGUUCUAGAUUCCGGAUUUUCGAGCUAGACGUCUAUGCCGAAUAUCUGCUGGAUCUAUGA